GCGGUGGUUGGAUGUACACACUUGUUAUUCCAAUGUCUAUCACGCGACGUGGUUUUAUUUCUGUUUUAAGUCCUACAUGUUCAUGAAGCACAUCAAUACAGAAAUCCUACUUUGGUGUGGUAAUUUUGGCGUGCAACCAGAGUAAGCUUUUCAGUUGGUAGGGUUUCAGUGGAUGCAUACUCGGUUUUCACUACUAGAAAUCUGCUAAUACACAUCAGCUAAAAACUGAUGUCCCAUAGAAUUGUAACUGAUGUUACUGUGGGCGAUGUUAAAGGGAACCACAAUGGUACAGGAUAGUGUCUUGGCACUUACAGAUCAUGCAGUUCUGCGUAUUAGUGCAGUAAUCAAUGCAAUCAAGGAAAUUAAGGAGGAAGGAAAUGAAGAAAUUGAUCCCUUAGUUAUCACUCGUGCUGCGUUGAUAGGUUCCAUGCCUGUUGAUUCGUCCUCUAUGGAUAUCGUCAUUUGCAUUUGCCAUUCGUCUGACUAUCUCAGUGAAAAGUUUUUGGUUGAACUCCUACGUGUGCUGAAACCGGAUGGACAGAUCCUCUUAAAGACUUCAAAAUCCGCUUUUGAUCAGGCGACUACUUCAUCCCUACAAAGAAAGCUUUUGGUGGCAGGAUUUGUUGAUUUGCAGACUGCCCCAUUGACCUCAGCACUACCAUCAGAGAUUCUGAAGUCUUUUACAAUAAAGGCUAAGAGGCCUUCUUGGAAGGUUGGCUCGUCCUUCUCCAUAAAGAAGUCUGUGAAAAGUUUGCCCAAGAUUCAAAUCAAUGAUGACAUGGAUCUUAUUGAUGAGGAUAGUCUCUUAUCUGAAGAGGAUUUAAAGAAACCACAGAUCCCACUUGUUGGUGAUUGUGAAGUUAGCAGCACAAGGAAAGCUUGCAAAAACUGCACUUGUGGACGGGCCGAGGCAGAAGAAAAAGUACAAAAGAUAGGACCAACAGUGGACCAGCUAGAUAACCCUCAAUCAGCCUGUGGCAGUUGUGGGCUUGGUGAUGCUUUCCGGUGCGGUACAUGCCCAUACAAAGGUCUACCUCCCUUCAAACUUGGAGAGAAGGUAGCAUUAUCUGGGAACUUUUUAGCAGCCGACAUCUGAGUUCAUACUUUACGGAGGAAGUUGUGAAAGUGAAAUAAUUAUCCUAGUAAUAGUGAGUCGUGCUUGGUGUUUGGAGCAUGGUUUUCUGCUGUUUGUUCUUAUAGAGAUGCUGAUGAAGGCCAUAGACAGAAUUUUGAGUAUUACCAAUUUUAAGUUAAAAAGUAAUUAGUAGUAUCGAUACUAAUUUUCUCGUGCAGGGAGAAUAUUUCUUGCAAUGCAUCUCUUGGAAAUAUGCAAAUUGUUGCGAGAAAGCUCAGCUUGUAUAACUGUGUAGGAAUUUUGUAACCGUGAUUCAAAUAAAAAUACAACACAUUGGAACAUC